AUGAUAUCAAGUGAAAAAAUUGAAACUUGUGUUAGUUCUAUUACAAUAAAAUCAAGUGAAAUAAUUCAGGAUAUUUCAUCCGAUAUUCAUGAACCUACAUCUUCUUCAACUAGUUUUGAAACAUUUUUUCAACUUAUAAAUUGUAACGAUCCACCUUCUUGGCCCCCAAUUACGGAUAGCGUUAGAGUUUACCUUGUAACGCAAGAACCUGAUCAAGGUAAAGAUGCUGAUUUUAGUAAAUCUAUGUCAGACGAUGGUCGUCGAUUUUCCCCUUAUUGGUUUAAAAAAACUUUACCGAACAAUGAAGUUAUAGACAGAAAUUGGUUGAUUUAUUCUAAAAAUAGUAAAGCCGUAUUCUGUUUUCCAUGCUGUUUAUUUAAAUCAAAUACCUUAAAAACAGCAAGUAUUGCAUGUACAAACGAGGGUUUUUCGGAUUGGAAAAAUAUUAAUCGUAUUUUAGAUCACGAGAAAUCGGCUGAUCAUAGAAAUCAUUUCUUACAAUGGAAAUCUCUUGAAAAUAGGUUGAAAAACUCUCAAUGCAUUGACGAUAAAUUACAAAAGGCGAUUUUGCUAGAAAAAGGUCGAUGGCGUCAUAUACUUCGUAUAAUUUUAGAUGCAAUUUUAUUUUGCACAAAAAAUAAUUUAGCAUUUAGAGGAUCGAGCACAACAAUAGGAAAUAAACAUUCUGCAAAAUAUUUUUCUUUGCUGUUUGACUGCACUCCCGACGUGUCACAUAAUGAACAAAUGGCUGAAGUGAUUCGUUAUGUUGAUAUUGACAAUGGAAAAAUUACAGUUGAAAAAAGUUUUAUAGAUUUCAUAAACAUGGAGGAAAAAACUGGGGACGAGUUGGCUAUAGAAAUAUUAACAAAAUUAAAAGCUGAUGAACUUGAUGUACAAAAUGUACGGGGACAGGGGUAUGACAAUGGAGCUAACAUGUCAGGAAAAUACCAUGGCGUUCAGGCAGUCAUAUUAAAUAAAAACAAUUUAGCCACAUUCAUUCCAUGCGCUGCUCACUGCCUUAACUUAAGUAGCGUACAUGCAGCAUCAGCUAAUGUUAAGUUACAAUUUUUUUUCGAUGUGAUUCAGAAAAUAUAUACGUUUUUUGUCAAAUCAACUACUCGAUGGAAAAUUUUAAUGGAUACAUUAAAAAUUUCAUUGAAAGGUCAUUCAGAUACCAGAUGGGCUUCAAAAGCAUAA